CAUUUUUUUCUCCUGCUUUCACUCCUCCCCGUGUCUAGAUUUCUCCCGUGCUGUCUGACCAGCCUGCUGACUCGGAAGCUUUGACUGAUAUUAGACGCACGGAUUAAUAGAAUCUGGUUAUCUUCGUUCCGAGCUACCGAUUCCAGCCCCCUUAUUGUCGAUCUCAUUCAUCGGCAUAGUGUGCUAGAUCGCGUUGAGUCGAUUCUUCCUGCUUCCUCGUCUGAUCAUCUGUCAGUCGACUCUUCCCGUCGAUCCGCCGUGUAUCAAGCGCAUCGUGGAUCGAAUUUACUUCUCGAAGUGUCAUUGAUCCUGGGUGCGACCUUAAAUCCGUGAACCUUCAAGCUCCCCACGUGAAGGAUACUUGAAUUCUUGAAUCCCCAAGCUCUCUCGUGCCGGCUGACUGAUCCCGUGUUUCGAGUCCCUUCGAAAACCUUCACAGGCUGACGUGCCGAUUCUCAUCUGCUGCCGUUCAUCGACAUUUGCUUCCCACGUAAUAAAUCCCCGAUCCUACAAGCUCUCGCUCCUGCCGGCUGACUCGUCCCGUCGCCAUGGCAUCGGAAGGCGAUAAGAUCACGCCCGAGCUGGAGGCUUCCGUCAACUCUCCAGGCGUGAACGGCAACGCCGACGCUCCAGAAAUCACGGAUGGAGCGAAACCCGAUGCUCCGGGUGCUGCGGCCACAGCAGGAUCCGCAAUUGCAGCAGCAGAUGCAGCAGCAGAAACAGCCGCAGCAGGAGGAGGCGAAGGAGGAGGGGAUGGUGGUGUUAGUGGUGGAGAGGGAGCGAAGAAGGCGGGGGAGGGGAGCAAGGAGGGGAAGGAGAGCGACGCGCAGGCGAAUCUGGAGAAGAAGAAGGCGCGCGCGGAGCGAUUUGGGACCGAGCUGACCAUCAGCGAAGCGGAGAAGCGCCGCCUGCGGGCCGAGCGGUUCGGCACUCUGGAGCCGGCGCCGGAAGAUGCUAGGAAGGCGCAGCGAGCGGCCAAGUUCGGAACUGGUGCGAAUGGCGCCAGUGGCGCUAGCGGCGCGGGUGGCGCGGGUGGCGCGGGUGGCGCGGGUGGUGGUGGCAGCAGCAGCCAGGCGGACAAGGCAGCGGAAGAAGCGCGGAAGAAGGCACGCGCGGAACGGUUCGGCACCACUCAGCCCUCUGCCCUGAGCGCUGAGGAAGCCGCAAAGCGGGAGGCUCGAGGCAAGAAGUUUGGGACGGCGGGGGAUGGCGCUGCGGCAGCAACGGCAGGCGGCGAUAAGAAGAGAGCGACCGACGACGCAUCGAUCGCCGCGGACAGCGAGCUCGAGGCUAAGAAGAAGGCUCGGGAAGAGAAGUUCGGCACAUCCGUGCCGUCUGCUUAGGCGCGGCGGGGGAAUGGAGGGGGGGGUAGCGGUGGGGGUGGGAGAUGCGCUAGGAAAUAGGUUGGGGGUGUGAGGGCAGCAGAUGCGCGUUAGGGGGGAGAUGCGGGUUGCAGCACGUGGAAUUGGGGAGGUGGCAGCCGCUGAGGGGGGAAGAAAGGGGAAUAUGAUGGCGACGGUGCGCGCUUGGUUGGGCCGCAAGAGCAGCGGUGAUGGAGGGAGGAGGGGGUGGAGGGGGAGGGGUUAGGCGCCUCUAGAGUAAGAUUCAGGAAGUUGUAGCUGCGGGGUGGAAGAAUGGUGGCGACGGUGUGUGUUUGGUUGGCGACGGUGUGUGUUUGGUUGGGCGUAAGGCAGCAGCUGCUGUGGUAACGGAGGGGUUGCCUCAAAAUGAGAGAAGGGGAGUUGCCCAAGUGAAGAGGUUGGGUAAGCGGGUGUGUGGUGGGGGCGAUGUGUGUUUGGCUGUGGACCAGCUGGGGCGUUGGAGCAGCUGCGGUGGCAGCGGGAGUCUUGAGCGCGUCAGAAUGUGGGGGGGGGGGUAUGCGAGGUGUGGAGUGGACGGACCUGGUUUGGGAAGGCGGCAGCCGCUAGGAAAGGAGAGUAAGGAGAGAAAGGAGAGAAAGGAGAGAGAGGAGGGAUCGCUGAUCGGUGUUGGCAGAAGUAGUUCGCCGUGCAGCUUAUAGGGGGAG